UUAGGGGUUUUAGGGUUUUUCUCCCUCCUAUUCUCUCCAUUUCCAAAUCUCCAUUUGUCUCUUAUUCCCAGACUUUGCACUUUCUACCAAUCCGAGUCACAAUGAUGUACAAUGAUCCUCAUAACCACCAGCACCAGCAUCAGCACCAGCACCAGUACCAACAGCAGCAACAGCAGCAGCAGCAGCAGCAGCCGCAUUUCCACCAUCAGCAGCCAGGUCCGGAAUUUCACCGUGGACCGCCGCCGCAGCCGCCGCCGAUGAUGCGCCAGCCUUCUGCUUCGUCCACGAACCUUGCCCCUGAGUUUCACCACCCCGGUCCCGGAGGCCCCCCUCCGCCUCAUUACGAUGUUCAUAGUGAUAGCCAUGGUGCAAAAAGAAUAAGAAAGCUUACUCAACGGAAGGCAGUUGAUUAUACGAGCACAGUUGUGCGUUAUAUGCAGAUUCGUAUGUGGCAGCGGGAUUCAAGGGAUAGGACAGUACUGCAACCUACCCUGGCAGCAGCAAUUGAUAUGUUGCCAGCAAUUGGCUAUUCAGACAAUCCAUCUACAAGCUUUGCUGCUAAGUUUGUUCAUACAUCUCUAAAUAAAAAUCGUUGUCCUAUUAAUCGUGUUCUUUGGACUCCAACAGGCCGGCGUCUUAUUACUGGCUCACAGACCGGAGAAUUCACUCUUUGGAAUGGACAGUCUUUUAAUUUUGAAAUGAUUCUUCAGGCUCAUGAUCAAGCAAUUAGAUCCAUGGUCUGGAGUCACAAUGACAACUGGAUGGUCUCUGGUGACGAUGGAGGCGCAAUAAAGUAUUGGCAGAACAACAUGAACAAUGUUAAAGCCAACAAAUCUGCUCAUAAAGAAUCGGUUCGUGACUUAAGUUUUUGUAGGACAGAUUUGAAGUUCUGUUCGUGCUCUGAUGAUACCACAGUUAAAGUUUGGGAUUUUGCACGCUGUCAAGAAGAAUGUUCAUUAACUGGCCAUGGUUGGGAUGUGAAGAGUGUUGACUGGCACCCUACAAAAUCUCUUUUAGUAUCAGGUGGGAAGGACAAUCUUGUGAAACUUUGGGAUGCUAAAACGGGGAGAGAGCUUUGCUCAUUUCAUGGCCACAAAAAUACCGUGCUCUGCGUCAAAUGGAAUCAAAAUGGCAACUGGGUGUUAACAGCUUCAAAGGAUCAAAUUAUAAAGCUUUAUGACAUAAGGGCAAUGAAGGAGCUUGGAUCAUUCCGUGGACAUCGGAAGGAUGUUACAGCUUUGGCUUGGCAUCCAUUCCAUGAGGAGUACUUUGUCAGUGGGAGUUAUGACGGUUCCAUCUUCCAUUGGCUUGUUGGGCACGAGACUCCACAAAUUGAAAUUUCCAAUGCUCAUGACAAUAAUGUGUGGGAUCUUGCAUGGCAUCCUAUUGGAUACCUUCUUUGCAGUGGUAGCUCUGAUCAUACAACAAAGUUUUGGUGCAGACAUAGGCCAGGAGACUCUGCUCGUGAUAGAUUUAACACUGGCAUGCAAGGAUAUACUGAGCAAAAUCCUGUUGCUGGUCGUGUGAGUGGUAAUUUUACAAUACCUGAAGGCCCGACAACUCCAGGACCAUUUGCUGCUGGAUUGACUCGAAAUGAGGGUACCAUUCCAGGUGUUGGUGUUGCGAUGCCCUUAUCUAUUCCUUCUCUUGAUGUGCCUCAAGGGGAGCAGAAGCAACCCCAUCCUGUUUCAAUGGGUGCUCCUCCUCUCCCCCCGGGUCCACAUCCCUCUCUUCUUACUGCCAGUCAACAACAACCAUACCAACAGAAUCCUCAGCAGAUGCAACAUCAACACCAGACACUACCACAACAGAUGGGUCCUUUGCCUAUGCCUCCAAAUAUGCCACAGCUACAACACCCUUCCCAUUCGCCCUUGGUCCCUCACCAACAUUUGCCUCGCCCUCCACCCCAAAUGCCACUUGGGAUGCCAGGAUCUCUACCAGGGAUUUCAUCAGUUCCAACAUCACAUCCAAUGCCAAUGCCAGGUCCAAUGGGAAUGCAAGGUGCAAUGAAUCAGAUGGGUACUCCAAUGCCACAAGGUCAUUAUGUGGGCAUGAAUCAAAUGCAUUCAGGGUCCUUGCCCCCAAGUGGAGGGCCACCUCUUGGAGGUUUUCCAAGCAACCUCCCUAAUAUGCAAGGGCCAUCAAAUAGCAGUUAUCCUCAAGGUGCUCCAUUCAACAGACCUCAAGGUGGACAAAUGCCUUUGAUGCAAGGGUACAAUCCUUACCAGUCUGGAAAUCAAUCUGGGAUGCCUCCCAGCGCACAACCAGGGGCAUCACACUCUCAAAUGCCUCAAUAGAAAAGGAAAUUGUUUUAUUUCUUCGUAUUUAUUUAAUGUGUAGUUUCGCCCCCUUUUUUCUAGUUAUUGUUUUGAUCUACUGCAAAAGUUUCACAUAAAGAAAUUGUGUUCUCUUCUGAUGCUGUCAAUUAUUUGUAAUUUUAUCCUUUGGAUGUUAGGGGAUUCAGGAGUGAGCUAGAUGUAAUUUACAGUGUGUCAUUGUUUGAGUUCGAUUAUUUGAUACUAUAUUUGCUAAAUGAGGAUAUAAAAAGGGGAUAUUAUGUGAAACAUUAUAUUCUA